GCACAAAAGAGGGACACGAGAAAAAAGCGAAGCUCACUAACGAGAGAGGGGAAUAUAGUAUAUAAGAUGUGGAAGAGCAAAGAGGAGAGUAUAAUGCUGCAGAAAUGAACAGCAACAGCAGCAAUAACAGCCACCCGAAACAAGAUCUGGACCCCCAAAGCUCUGAUCACUACUCUCAACCCCAUCCUCACCCUCUCCAACCCCAACUCCAAACCCAAACCCAAACCCAAACCCAAACCCAGCAGCGCCGCCCUCGUGGCUUCGCCGCCACGGCGGCCGCUGCGGCGGCGAUGGGUGUCGCCGUCACCGCCGGUGGAAAGGGAAAGAAAGAGAGGGAGAAGGAGAAAGAACGGACGAAGUUGCGCGAGCGCCACCGCCGCGCCAUCACGAGCCGAAUGCUCGCCGGCCUCCGCCAGUACGGGAAUUUCCCUCUCCCGGCACGCGCCGACAUGAACGAUGUUCUGGCCGCCCUUGCCCGGGAGGCCGGUUGGACUGUUGAAGCCGACGGCACCACUUAUCGCCCCUCUCCUCCGCCUCCUUCUCAUAUGGGGGCAUUUCCAGUUAGGUCAGUUGAAAGCCCAAUAUCUGCUAGCUCUUUAAAGCAUUGUUCCACGAAAGCAUCAUUAGACUGUCAGCCAUCAGUUCUUGGAAUUGAUGAGAGUUUGUCAUCGGCAUCUCUUGAUUCUGUUGUAGUUGCAGAUAGGGAUGCAAAGAGUGAUAAAUAUACAAGUUCUAGCCCCUUAAACUCACCUGAAUGUUUGGAGGCUGACCAGCUUAUGCAAGAUGUUCGUUCAGGGGAGCAUGGAAGUGAUUUUACCGGAACUCCCUAUGUCCCUGUUUAUGUAAUGCUUGCUACUGGUAUAAUCAACAAUUUCUGCCAGUUGGUUGAUCCCGAACGUAUUAGGCAGGAGUUGAGAUAUCUGAAGUCUCUGCAUGUUGAUGGUGUUGUCGUGGACUGUUGGUGGGGCAUUGUUGAAGCUUGGAGCCCGCAGAAAUACGAAUGGUUUGGAUACAGGGAACUGUUUAACAUCAUCAGAGAGUUUGAGCUGAAGUUGCAGGUUGUGAUGGCAUUUCACGAGUAUGGAGGAAAUGAUUCUGGUUGUGUGCUCAUCACCCUGCCUCAGUGGGUGCUGGAGAUUGGAAAAGAAAACCAAGAUAUAUUCUUCACGGACCGUGAAGGAAGGAGAAAUACGGAAUGCCUAUCUUGGGGUGUUGACAAAGAACGAGUAAUGAAAGGAAGAACUGGUAUAGAGGUCUAUUUUGACUUCAUGAGAAGCUUCCGAACAGAGUUUGAUGAUUUGUUUGCCGAGGGUGUAAUUUCUGCUGUUGAAAUUGGAAUGGGAGCUGCUGGGGAGUUAAAAUACCCUUCUUUUUCAGAAAGGAUGGGAUGGAGAUAUCCUGGCAUUGGUGAGUUUCAGUGCUAUGAUAAAUAUUUACAACAGAAUCUAAGAAAAGCCGCAAAACUGCGUGGGCACUCAUUCUGGGCCAGGGGGCCUGAUAAUGCUGGUCAGUACAAUUCUAAACCACAUGAAACUGGAUUUUUCUGUGAACGAGGUGACUAUGAUAGCUAUUAUGGACGCUUUUUCCUCCAUUGGUAUGCUCAGUCCUUGAUAGAUCAUGCUGAUAAUGUCUUGUCACUUGCAAGUCUUGCCUUCGAGGAGACACAUAUUAUUGUUAAGAUUCCGGCAGUCUAUUGGUGGUAUAAAACUACAAGCCAUGCAGCAGAGCUCACAGCUGGAUACUAUAACCCUACAAACCAGGAUGGUUACUCCCCAGUUUUUCAGGUUCUUAAAAAACACUCGGUGACAAUGAAGUUUAUGUGCUCAGGAUUGCAGGUCUCUUGUCAGGAAAUUGAUGAAGCAUUGGCUGAUCCAGAUGGCUUGAGCUGGCAGGUUUUAAAUUCGGCCUGGGAUCGCGGAUUGACUGUAGCUGGUCAAAAUGCACUUCCAUGUCAUGAUAGAGAUGGGUACAUGAGAAUAGGUGAGACUGCAAAGCCAAGAAAUGAUCCUGAUCACCGCCACUUCUCAUUCUUUGUAUAUCAACAGCCAUUGCCUUUGGUUCAAAGGACAAUAUACUUCUCAGAGUUGGAUUACUUCAUUAGAUGCAUGCAUGGAGAAAUUGCUGGUGGUCUAUAACCCUGAUUUGGCAUGGCAAUUUUCACUUGUGUAAAUAAAAAUCAGUUUACUGGUUGAAUGUGGAUGUGAAAUCCACUAACGGUUAGCGUUAGAUUUUAGUUUUUCCAUGUUUAUACUUUAUUUAUAAUUGUAAUUGCAUCCAAAUUACAUCUCUGAUUGCAAAGGUGAGAAGAGCAAAGAAACAUGUUAGGUUAUAAUGCUAGGGGCUUGUAAUCCACAUUAGUUCCAGCUGACUUGGGGCUGUGGUGAUGUUUAGAAUCAAAGUCACACAGAACAUCAAAAUAUGAGAUAUUUAGAUUUAAUCAUAUUAAAUAUGUGAUAUUUAGAUUUAAUCAUAUUAAUUACUUUAUGUCAAUUUUUGUCCAA